UAAAAAAUAAGAUAAUAGAUAAAAAUACAGAGAAGAUUUCACAAGUUUGAGGCUGUAUCUGCCCACUAAGGAGAGCACUCACUUUGCUUGGCUACGCAUUGCCUGUGUGCUCAUGGCCUAUAUAUACCGAACCAGCAUGACCCAUGGGGAAGUAGCUAUCCUAUCCAGUCAAAACAGGUGCAAGCAGCAAAGAUACACGCAGGCACGCAGCCAUGGUUGUUGUUUUGCCACUGCUGCUCCUCCUCUUGCUCUGUUCUUCUCCAUCUGCCCUUGGAGCCAAUGACAAACACGACGAGUUCACAGUCCUGGACCUGAGCUCGCUGAAGCCACAUGCCGCCUGCUCCGGACACAGGGAGACGCCGCCCCACAACGGCAGCUGGGUGCCGUUGUACCACCCUCUCGGCCCGUGCUCGCCGUCGUAUAGGGGUGCCGCGGCGGCGGCGGCGCCGUCGUUGGCCGACCUGCUCCGGCAGGACCGGUUCCGCGCCCACCGCAUCCACGGCAAGGUGUCCGGCGGUUUCCGCUCGAGCAAGGGCUCCUACAAGGAGCCGGUGGCCAUCGAGGAGACCCAGGUCCAUCACCAGGCCGCCAUCACAAUCGGAAUGGGCACACAAUCCAUGAGCUCCCAGCGCAUCGGUCCGGCGGCGACCGACGACGACGGGACCUCCGGCGGCCCGCCGCCGGUGUCCCAGACGGUGGUGCUGGACACGGCGAGCGACGUGCCGUGGGUGGACUGCGUGCCCUGCGCCCUCGCGGAGUGCCCCUACUACGACCCGGCCCGGUCGAGCAGCUACGCCGCCUUCCCCUGCAACUCCUCCGCCUGCAAGCAGCUCGGCCCCUACGCCAGCAGCUGCGCCAACAACCAGUGCCAGUACCGCGUUGCCUACCCCGACGGCUCCUCCUCGUCGGGGACCUACAGCUCCGACCUCCUCACCAUCACCUCCGGCAACACCGUCAGCGGCUUCAGGUUCGGGUGCAACCAGAACGCCCAGGCCGCCGGCGGCGGCGGCCCGAGCCCGACUAACGGGUUCAUGGCGCUCGGCCGCGGCGCGCAGUCGCUCAUGGCCCAGACCUCGUCCGCCUACGGCAACGCCUUCUCCUACUGCCUCCCGCAGCGGGAGAGCGACAAGGGCUUCUUCCAGAUCGGCGUGCCCGGCGGCGCGUCCUACAGGUUCGCCAUGACGCCGAUGCUCAGGGACCCGCGGCGCCCCGCGCUGUACCGCGCGCUCCUGGUGGCCAUCACCGUCAACGGGCAGCCGCUCAACGUGGCCCCCGAGGCGCUCGCCGGCGGCGCGGCGCUGGACUCCCGCACCGUCUUCACCCGCCUGCCCCUGACGGUGUACGCGGCGCUGCGCGCGGCGUUCAGGGACAAGAUGGCCGCGUACCGCCGGGCCUCCUCGCCGCCGCAGACGGAGCUGGACACCUGCUACGACUUCACCGGCGUCCGCUACGUCCGGCUGCCCAGGAUCGCGCUGGUGUUCGACCGGAACGCCGUCGUGGAGCUGGACCGGUCGGGGAUCCUGUUCGGCGACUGCCUCGCCUUCACGGCCAACGACGACGACAGCGCGCCGGCGAUCCUCGGCAACACGCAGCAGAAGACCAUCGAGGUGCUCCAUGACGUCGGCGGCGGGAACAUAGGCUUCCGCCGCCAAGCGUGCUGACGGGGACCACCGCACUAGCCAUUACGCCGCCUCUAGCAUCUAGGCAUUGUGCUACUCGAUCGAUCGUUCUUGCGUUCGAUUCCAAAACACAGGCAAAUAACCGGGCACACAGCAAACGUGUGGUUUUCGGUAGUGUCUGUUUAAACUGUUUGUAAGAACUGUUUGGUUUGGUUGUCCAUGAACAAAGCUACCUCAUACCUAAUGGGGAUAUUAUUAGAUCGUUUA